CUUCUUUAGGAAUCCUUAUCUUCCUUAGGAAUAAUGCAGUACAUUCAGCUCACAGCACUGAAACAGAUGCGUAGAAAGAGGGAAUCUGAUGACAUUUGUAUUCAGUUAUUUUAUAUUAUUUGUUCAACACGAUGGAUGAAACUGGAGAUGAAAACUAUUUGCCUCUGGAUAUCAAUUACUUACCAGAACAUAUUCUGAAAAACAGAGAAAGAAAUGCAAAUAAAACCACCGAAGAAAAAGAAAGCAGCAUGCAAGAACUGAAGAAAUUACUUAAAGGCAACAAGCUAUCUAAGGAUAUAGAGUUUGUGGACGAUUUUCUGCAAGCGUACCUUAUUUUUACCAAGUACGAGGAAAAGAAGGCUUUUAACCGUCUUCGAAGCUACCUCAACUUGAGAACUAAUCACAGCUAUAUUUUUCAAAGUGUUCCGUUUGACAUCGCAUCGCAUCCUUCCUGCAGAUUUGCAACUUUCCUGCCUCGUCGCCUGCCUAAUGGUUCCAUUAUAGUGCUACUUGAACCUGGUAAUUGGAAUCCUGACGAACUUCCAUUUGAAACUAUGAAGCAAAUACUCUGCAUGAUUUUUCUGCAGGAGCUAAGGAAUCCUGUUUCUCAAGCGAGUGGAUUCCACCUCAUCCAAGAUUUCUCGAACACCGGAACACGUUAUCUAAAAUUCUGCACCCCAUAUAACAUGUAUUUAUUAAACCAUGUGACGUUUGAUAUAUUACCAGGAAAUUUCUUUGGGGUACACAUAUUAAAUGCAAAUUUCUUGAUGAAGAUAUUGCUGAAUCUGUCAAUGCCUUUCUUACCAGAAUACGUUAAAACUAAUAUUUAUAUUCAUUCAUCUCCAGUAGAGCUGUUGAAUCAUUUUCCUGGUUCGCAUUUGCCAACCAAGUAUGGAGGUGCUUUAACAAAUUAUUGCAUGUCUGACUAUCUCAAAAAAGCCAACGAACAACACAGCAAUUUUCCAAUCGGAGGCCAGAAGAAUGUAUUUUGACUGUUUAUUUUUAUAUUUAU